UAUUCUUAACAACAAUAAUGACAAAUGAAGUCUGAAUAUUUCAGUCCUUUACUAAUCCUAAACAGACAGGUGCACUUUUUAAACUCUUUUGUAUUCUUUCUACUGUUUAUUUUAGAGCCAGAGAAGAAUCUAGGUAUGGGUGAGGAAGCAUCGACUGUCCCACUCACAGAUCAAUCCUCUCCUACUCUUGCCAACUCAAGUCCCCCAAAGACUGAGAGAGGUCCAGAUGAGGACCUUAAGGACCCUGCUGGGGGUCAAAAGAACGGGUCUGACUCAGAGAAGGUCAAUGAAGACACUCAAGAUGAAUCUGACUCACAAACUGAUCCAUCAGAACCUGUUGGAGAUCCAGAGCAACCAGAAGGUAACCUCAAAGAGAAGGAAGACAACAUUGAGAAGGAUAAAGAACCUCAACAGCCUCAAAACAUAACAGAGCCAGAGAAGAAUCUAGGUGGGGGUGAGGAAACAUUGCCUGAAUAUUUGGCCCAAGAUAAUAAUGAGAUCCUGAAUGUGUCUUCAUCUGAUGACAGAGGAGACAAAGAUCCUGAAGAAGAUCAAACCUCUCCUACUCUUGCCAACUCAAGUCCCCCAAAGACUGAGAGAGGUCCAGAUGAGGACCCUGCUGAGGGACAAAAGAACGGGUCUGACUCAGAGGAGGUCAAUGAAGACACUCAAGAUGAAUCUGUCUCACACACUGAUUCAUCAGGUACGCAACAGAACAGAAAUUAAUCAGACAAAUCCUCUGUGAACAAGUCGUCCAGUGUUCCUCAUGAGGAAGGUUCAAAUACGACAUCACAAGAGCGAGAAUCUGCCACGCCAAAGGAAGAAGAAUCCACAGAAGAAGCUAAACCGGUCAAACUGGUUCCUCCAGCUGAAGAAACAUCCAAUUUAAUGAGUAAUGGAGAAGAAAUAGAUGAGAAACAGCAUUUAGCCGACUCAACAGAAGUGAACACCAGCAACACUGUCACAUUAAAAAAGGCUUCAGACACUCCACAUGCAGAUUCAGAGUCUGAGGGGCAGAGCAGGCAGGACUCAGGUGAGACGGGGGGGGCAGGCAGAGGCAGAUCAAGGUGAGGGGGGAAAUGAUGAAGAUAAAGAAGAGGAUCAGGGUGGUCCAGAAGAUGAAAAGUCAGACGAUGAGAGCACUAGUGAGGAUAAAGACAAACAACAGAAAGAUGGAGUGAUCGCUUAGGCCUUAGGAGAAAAUAUGUGGCAACAGAAAGUGAAGAAGUAAGUCCUCUAUCUCUUUAUGUUACAUGUUUGUUUUUUGACAUAUUUUGUAGGAAGAGACGCCCACAGUACCAGAAGAUUAUCUCAAAGAAAACAAGUUUUUCAUUUGCACUAGUUGUUACCUUUCUUUCCUUUUUUUUAAAUUAAUAACUUCAUUAAUAUUAUGAAUGUUUUGUGUGACUAACUGAAUCCUACAUGUAUUUUUUUAAAGAUGUUUCAACUAAUAAUGCUUCAUGAAUGUUUUUAAAAAUAAGAUAAAUGUUUAUUUAAUUAUUAGUUUAACAGCACUAAUGUUUCUGAUGUCAUGCUCAAACCUUUUGAGGUAACAUGAGAGACACGACAAGGAACAGAAAAAAAACACUGUUUUUAAUCAUUAGACAAACUUUGUGGUGUAAUGGAAUAAUAUACGACUUAUUGAACAUCCAGCUACUGUGUCAAAGAAUCUGAUCACACUGAAGGUGUAUUCAUAAAGAAUGUUUCAGUCAGAUAUUUGUAUUAACUUGUACUGCCAUUUAUUUUUAAAGGGACGAGUUUGUGUCUGCUAAUGAAACUGCUGUGAGGAUAAUAUUUGAAGAUUUCUCAGAGCUCAGGGUAUAACUGUCACGACUUUUUGUGCUUUCUUGCAUUAAAUUAGGCGCUUUAGGGAACAGCAGUAUAAGUUUUUAUGAUGAAUGUUUUCCAUUGGUCAUUGAACUGAUUAUUAAAAGCUAAUGUGAUUAUUCUAUUUACUGUUUUCUCUCUUAAACGCUCACUCACUUACUUUUCAAGAAAUGCUGUAAUGGUACUGUACAUUUGGUCAUUUUAAAGCUUUGAGUAAUGAAAAUGAUUUACAGUUUGAAAUGAUUGUUGUAAAGAAACAUAAAAUCA